AUGUACUCCAAGGUAGUAAUCUUCCUGUGCGCCGCGGGCAUCGCCUCCGCUGGCAACCUCCUCGCUGCGGCCCCAGUCACGUCCGUCUCAUCAUACUCGUCCCACACCACGGCGCACGCUGCUCCUCUCAGCUACGCCGCACCCGUCAACUACGCCGCACCCUUAACGUACGCCGCUUACGCCCACGCUCCCGUCGUGACCAAGACCUACGCCCCAGGCGCAGUGUCCCACCAGUCCAUCUCUCGCACCUCGACCAGCCUCGGAACAUACGCCGCCGCCGCUCCCGUCUACGCUAGGAGCUACGUGCCCGCCGUUUCUACUUACGCUGCCAGCCCAGUGUAUGCUAAGACCAUCGCGCCCGCUGUCUCCUACUCCUCACACGCUGCCCCCUUGGCCUACGCCGCGAGCCCAGUCUACGCGAAGACAUACGCUGCCCUCGCCGUGACUACCUACGCCGCCAGCCCCGUGUACGCCAAGAAUAUUGCUGCACCUUCGGUCUCAUACUCGUCAGUGGCUCAUGCUGCCCCAGUCACUUACGCCGCAAGCCCAGUCUACGCUACCUACGCCGCUCACGCGCCCGCUGUCGCUACUUAUGCCGCUCACGGCCCCGCUGUCGCUACCUACGCCGCUCACGCUCCCGCUGUCGCCUACUCAGCCGCCCCAGCCGUCAUCAUCUUCCUGUGCGCCGCGGGCAUCGCCUCUGCCGGCAACCUGCUGGCCGCCGCCCCCGUGGCCUACAGCGCCCCUGUGUCCUACACGUCCCAGCUGACCCACGCCGUCCCCCUCAGCUACGCCGCUGCCCCCUACGCCACCUACGCUCACGCCCCGGUCGUGGCCAAAUCCGUCGCCCCGGCAGUGUCCUACCAGUCCAUCUCCCGCUCCUCUUCCUCUCUCGGCUACGCCGCGGCCGCCCCCGCUGUGGCGACUUACGCCGCUAGCCCCGUGUACGCCAAGACCAUCGCCGCGCCCGCUGUCUCCUACUCCUCGGUCGCUCAAGCCGCCCCAUUGGCCUACGCCAGGAGCUACGCCGCCCCCGCUGUCGCCACCUACGCUGCCAGCCCCGUCUACGCCAAGACCAUCGCCGCGCCCGCCGUGUCCUACUCUUCUGUAGCUCACUCUGCCCCCAUCUCCUACGCCGCUAGCCCCGUGUACGCCAAGACCAUCGCCGCAGCUCCCAUCGCUACCUACGCCGCACACGCGCCCGCUGUCGCUACUUACGCCGCGCACGCUCCCGCUGUCGCCUACUCCGCCGCCCCAGCCGUCGCGGGUCUCUACGGCCCCGCCGUCACCUCCUACGCCGCCGCCCCCGCUGUCAUCUCCAACACCAUCACCCCUGGAUCUUCCUCCUACUCUGCCUACUCCACUGACGUCGCCCACGGAUCUCCAGUCGCCACUUACGCCGCCGCCGCUCCCGCCAUCGCCACCUACGCCGCUGCCCCGGCUCUGACCGCCUACGCUGCCCCCGCAGUCUACUCCAAGACCAUCACCCCUGGAUCCUCUUCCUACUCCGCCUACUCGACUGACAUCGCUCACGGCUCUCCCAUCGCCACUUACGCCGCCGCCCCCGCUGUGGCUACUUACGCCGCCGCCCCUGCCUACACCACUUACGCCGCCACCCCCGUCCACGGAUCUGGUCUUGCCUACUCUGCCCUCCCCGCUGCCCGUCUCGUCGGUGCCUACGGUGCCUACGGUGCUUGGUGA